AUGCCUCCUCGACUUACGCGAUCGGCCUCGGCAGCGAGGGCCAGAUCAACGCAGCACAAGGCGGGCAGGGCCAAAACCGCCAGCUCUGUGGCAACUGGUUCGAAACGAAGACGAGAAGAUGAUGAUGUGGAAGCCGUUUUAAAGCGGCGGCGACAAGGUGAUAAAGAACCCGAUAUCCAAUUCCUCCUACCUUCCUGGAGGUUCCUGGGCCAACAUGGAAGAGUUCCACGGUAUCCAGUGGAUUCUUCCGAAGAUGGCUAUACCAGGGAGGACCCGGUCGAGGAAUCUCCUAAAGACGAUCCUGACGAAUCCACAGGCACGGAACCUACCCCCGAUGGCUACGAGGACUCUUCUUCAUCUGAGGAUGAGUCGGAUGAAGACUCGGAGGAAGGCGAAGACCCCGAGUCGGACCCCGACUCGUCCUCAGACUCCUCUUGA